AUGGACGCCACAACACACGCGCAGCCUCUCGCGGACCGCCCAACCAACACCCACCUGGCCAAUGUCAACGCCACCGCCGACAAGACAGAUCUCAAGUCCAUGGAUCUCUCAUCAAUGGAGCAGCAUCGCCAGAUGCUGCAGGAUAAGUUGGAGAGUGGCGAGAAACAACCAACCGCCUACGUUUCACCCUCAGACGACAUUAUGAGCCCCUGCACGAAGAAAUUGAGCGAUAUCAAGGGCAAGCGUUUCAAGAAUGCUGGCAAGCCACAGUCACUGUUCGCGAAGCUUGGAAAGAAAAGCUAUGAGCAAUCAUCCGCCGAGCAAAGCCGGACAGUCGAAUAG